UCUUGGACCAGCAGUCAUCGGUGAUACUCGCGACACAACGGACUACCGGCCCUUCGACACUGGUGCCUUCAUCCCCUUUGCUUUGUCUGUGUUUCGACGAGUGUUUCCGUGACGUGAUUUCGAAGUACUUGUGCGAACGACUCAUGCUCGAUGCUUUUUAAACGCUGGCAUCGUUAAACUAAAAUAGUGAGACCGGGACCACUGGUUGAACCGAUUGGAGUUAUCGACAUCGAGUUUUUCAGUGGAAAAAACCAACUCGUGGAGUUUUAAGGCUGUCAGAGAUGGAGGAACGAGCCGCGAUGGUUGUUUCGUCGACGGUUUGUUGUUUGCUUCCAUUUUGAUGGAUAGAACAGGAGAUUUUCAAGCCACACGUCGAGCCAACGCCAUUUUGGCAGGGCAGUAACAAACUCAAGUAAAACUGUAACGAUCCAUCGAUUUUCAAUGUUCUCCACAAGCUCCCUUGACCGCUGGUGCGAAAAAUAAUGGUGCGACGUCACUGAUCCGCGUUGAACUAUCGAAGCUAAUUUGCAUCGCGUGUACAUGGAAUAUUUGAGAACUCGAGCACUCGAAGCACACCUCGCUCCCGUCCAACCAUGCUUUUCAAAGGCAAUAGCUCGCGGCUGGAGUUGCUGAUCGGCAAGAUCCAAGCGCACAAGGAAUCACCGUCGCCACCUCGAGGUGAAAAGUGCAGCCCCAGAUCCAAAGAUGCGCUGGGUACUGGAAGUUCAUCCCGACACAGCGAAGAUGGCGGAGGGAACUCGCGCCGCGGUGGGGAAACCCCGUCGUCCUGCGCGACUCCAACAUCGGCGAGUUUUCUUUCGGAACCGGAAGUCGACCCGGAAAUGGGCAUCAGUCCCGAUGGCAACAAUCCAGCAGCUCCUUAUCCCUGUCAAUUCUGCGAGAGAACGUUUCCUCGACUUAGUUACUUGAAGAAACAUGAGCAGAAUCACGGCGAUCAAAUGCCGUACCGUUGCAGUUGGUGUUCGCGUUUGUUCAAGCACAAGCGGAGCCGGGAUCGUCACGUCAAGUUGCACACCGGUGACCGAAGAUAUCGUUGUUCCCAUUGCGAGGCUGCGUUCUCCAGAAGCGAUCAUCUCAAGAUCCACAUGAAAACGCACGACAAUCAGAAGCCUUAUCAGUGCACGGCGUGUUCGCGGGGCUACAAUACAGCGGCCGCCUUGACGUCGCACAUGCAAUCACACAAAAAACAUCCGAGUCCGAAUCAGACGACGAAGUUGGACGUGGAGUACGGGCGUCGGAGCGUUUCGUCGCACAGCACAGCCUCACCGCCCAUUCAAAAUUCACCAUCCCCGAGCCUGAACCUGAGCAUGAACGCGAAAAACGCGAUCAAGUCGCAUCCGUCGAUCUACAAGAACGCGACGAACGGGGCGAAAACCCCGAUCAUAAAUUCGCCUCUGAAGCUCGCUUGCAUGUACUGCACGAAGGACUCUUUCACGAGUAUGCAACAACUACAGAUGCACGUUCACGCGAUGCACCAAGCGAUUCUCAACGGCGCGAGCCUGAGCGUCGAAUCACCGAGCCACAAGUCCGAAUCGAAUCAUUCGAGAUACCGCGAGCAGUCGAACGUCAGUAGAAACAGUAACAGUGAUAACGGGAGGACUUGUCAGCGGGAGGAACGCGAAAAGUCUGUGGAAAGGGAAAAGGGAAGUGGAGCCGAAAAGGGCUUUUCCUGUGGGCAGUGUACCAUGAAAUUCCCCGGGCUGAGCGAGCUCAGGGAUCACAUGGUAACGAUCCAUCGGGGCGAGAAUUUUGGCUCGAGCCUGAUGAUGUGCCCCCUUUGUGGAAUCCCCUGUGCCUCGGCCGCCUCCUACGCCGAACACUACGUCCUCCAGCACUGCGAAAACCGACGAUUCGCUCCCAAGGAGUCGAUCCAUCGCGACUGGGAGAGUGGCAAGAUCAACGGAAGCCACGAAAACAGUCGGCCCGGCUCGGAAGAUCAGCCCGUGACGAGCAGACCCGACCUGGGAACUUCGGAGCCCGCCGAUCUGACGAAAAAACACUCGAGAGCCAGCGACUCCGGCUACUCGACCGGGACCCUCCUCUGCGGACAGUGCGGCGCUGCCCUCAAGGACUUUGAAUCAUUCCGCGAGCACUUGGCUCGCCACCUCCAAGCCGAUCAACAGAGCAGCGAAGUCUUACCGAGAAACCCGUGUCCGAAAUGCGGCGCGAGCUUCCCCGAACGGGAGGACAUGUUAGUCCAUUUGACGAAACACUACCUCGGCCAAGUGACGAAAGAGUACACUUGUGGCGCCUGCAAAAAGUGCUACCCCCAUCCGGACCUGCUGCAACGGCAUCUUCUCGACACCCACGCCCAUCACCUCUACCGAUGCGCCGUCUGUCGCGACACCUUCGAUUCCCGGGUCGCCAUACAGGUCCACUUCGCCGUGAAACACAGCCAGGAAUGCCAGGUUUAUCGCUGCAACUCGUGCUCCAACGAGAACUCGCCUGGAAACUCACCACCCGGGGAGGGAAGAAAUUACUUUCGCACCGAAGCGGAAAUGGCCAAUCACGUUAGAUCGAUCCACGCUCCGGCCAGCGUCCUUAACGAAAGUCCUCUUCGGAGGAGUCCCGUUCCCACCGCCAUCGCCAAUCCGACCACUCCUAGAUGCGUCUUCUGCGGAGUCUGCUGCAACACGGACCUGGAACUACAGCUUCAUCUGGCAAGCCAUUCGGCCAACUUGUACCGAUGUCCCAUUUGUCGGGAAGGGUUUCCGGUCGAGUUCCUGCUGGAGAGACACAUUGCGCAAACGCAUCGUGGCGGCAUCGGUGAGCGGAACGAUGGGAGAGAAAAUGGGAGAACGUUCAGGGCGUCGAGGUCGCAGGACGACGCGGCAAGAGCCCAGAAGCGGGGCCGGUCUCCGGCGUCGAGCAACAACAAUUCCCUCAAUCAAUGUGAUAACAACAACAAACGAGCGAAUUACGGAUCGGCUAACGGUGGCUCUAUGACCGCGAGCGUUCAGCAAUGCGAGCUCUGCGAAAGGGCGGAAUUCGCAACCGAAGCAGAACUCCAGGCGCACAAGAAGUUGGUUCACACGCCGAUCAAGCUUCAAUCCAAGUCUUUGCCGUUGCUCAGCAUGACUUGUGCGUACUGCGGCGAGGUUUGUCGUUCCCGGAGCGAUUUGGAGUCGCACACGAGGAUCCAGCACGCUUCGAACGAGCCUGGCGGACGUCACAAGUGCAACAUUUGCGACGAGGUCUGUCCGUCCGGUGGCAUUUUGGCGGAGCACAAACUUCAGACGCACUGCAAAAUCCAAUUGAGCGACACUUGCGUCGUGUGUCGUGGCACUUUGGCCAAUGAGGCCCAAUUCAUCGAACACGUUCAACGCCACAGUUUGGAGGGCGGCGAGUCCCAGCAACGAUUGGACAGCACGAUGCCCCUUCUGCCCGCCGCCUGCGUUGUCUGCAGGCAGACGUUGAUCAGCGACUUGGAGUGUCGCCUCCACGCGAGCCAUCACCUCAGAAACGCUAACGGUUCACAAAUCACGAAUUCCAGCCCGAGUCCCAACCAGCACAAAACCCAGCAGCAGCAACUGUUCCAGCCAAGCAGCUUGAGCUGCUGUCUCUGCCUGCGAGAAUUCAGUGCCGACGAUUUCGUCAGCUUGCCGUCGAAUCCCGUCGGCGCCGGGGGUCCGCCUCUCAGAGUUUGCAAGCCCUGCUACGUCAGACACUCCCAAGGAUUGCCCAUACUCAACUCCCCCUACGAACACGUCAGAAAAUCCAACUCCGAACGAAACAACUGGAUCAAUGGCAAGGACCAGACGAGCAUGGAAGCUUCCAGAGAACGAUGGGACGUCGACAGAUCCUUCGCCGGUGGAGAUACCCAGCAAAGCAGCAAAACGAGAAUCGCUGACUCGGACGACUUCAGAUGCGACGAGUGCGGCAUUAAAUUUGAAACUUGCAACGAAGCUGACCUCCACAGGGUGAAGGAACAUGGAAAAGUUGCAGGAAACUCCAACACUUUCACGUGCAUACAGUGUCAGAUGUCUUUUCUGACGGAAGAAAAAAUUCGGCAGCACGUAAGACAAGUGCAUUUGGGAUCCCCUGGCAGAGCAUCGAUCGACGCUCUCCGUUGUCAUCUUUGUGUCUUCGAGGCCAGCAGCCCUCUCCAGCUUCAAGGGCAUUUGAUCGAGCAUACAUUCGCAGGUUGCGCGGGUCUGACGUGCUACAUUUGCCAGAGUCUUUUCACGACGCCUCACGCACUGCAGAAUCACAUGCUCCAGCAACACGGGCUCGGAGCGAGGCCCUACGACUGCAACAAUUGCAGCCUCAAAUUUUUCUUCCGCAUCGAAUUGGAUCAUCACGCGAUGAUGGCACAUCGACGAAAUGAGGUUUCAUCGCCCACUGUGGACGUCGGACAGGAAAUUACGACGGAGAACCAAACGAGCAUGGAAGCCGAAAAGCAGAACAAGGAAGAAACCAUCGAGGAGAAUCCCGAGGACAAAACUUGCCCAAAAGUCAUAACCGUUAAGGAGGAAAUCGUACAUAGCUCUGAUGAGAAAGAAUUUCACGCUGACGAUGAUGUCGAAGAAGAUGGCGACGACGAUGCUAAAGGGGAGAAAGCACACUUGGUGGCAACGAAAAUUGAAACUUUUGCAAGUUCCCACGGUGAAAACAAGAUGCAAUCUUGAUCAUUUCCCCAAUUCCAAGACCUCUCAACUGUCAAUUAAUUGUUGAAUUUUACGAAAUUAUUCGAUCAACGCUAAAUAUCGAUUGAUCAGAAUUCUUUUUUAUUUAUAUUUCCCAAUGUUUUCCCGUGAUAAUUCUAAAAUGCACUGGAGACUCUCCAAAAUCGUUAAUCAUCGAACUCGCCUCUUCAAUUGUUCAUUUUUAUUGUUUUGUUAGAUUUUCAAAUGGUUGUUGCUCCACGAGGUAGAAGCGACGGGGAUAUCGAUUGAUCGACAUUUUUUUGAAGGCACUCGUUGUGUUUGUACUCAAAUACCGAUUCCAUCGUGAUAAUGAAAAAUGAAUAAUUGUAAAUAAUUCAUUAUAUUUGAGCUCGGAUCAUUGGAUCGAAAAUUUGUCACGUUACAUUGGAACGAAUCUUCCAAGUUAUUUCAUUACUUUCUCGAGUUAAUUAGUAUUUAAUGUUAUUUGGUGAAUUGGGUUGAGUAUAUUUUCAAUUUUUCCAUUUCCCAUCACUCACCGUUUGUUUGCAUCGUAUUUGAAUUCAUGAUAUUUAACGUUCACUGUUAAAUUUCGUCGUUCUUUUUUACUAAAACCCACACACCAGAGUACUACUAUUGUUGUAUCGUUAUUUUUCGACGAUGUCGUCCAUGACAAAUCUUGUUUGUCAAUUUAUUUUUGGCAUCAUUGCGAUUUGUACAUAAUAUAAAUACUACACGUUAUCGAAUAUCCAAUCGCAAAUUUGCGAAGCACGUUUGUUUCAUUAUUUUCGUUCGUAGCAAUGAAAAUGAAAAAAAUACGAAUAAAAAACACAUUGGCACGCAUUUACGUGGUAAUAUUAGAGCGGAUAUUUCAGUGAUUAUAUUAUUCAUAAUAAUAUUAAUAAUUACGAAAAUAAUAGUUAUAAUCAUAGUCGUAAUGAUCGUAAUAAAAGAUGCAAUAACCUGUCCAUUAGAAUUAUACGCUGAAAUGGGUAACG